AUGAGCCAUCUUAUUGUACAAGGACUUGGAAUUAGAAACUGGUACGUUUUUGGGUACUUUAUCUACAUGCUAGCAGUAGUUUUCGCUAACAUUGGAGCAGGUUGGACUGCUUUUGCAAUGGGAUUCGCUGCAGCUGAUUGGGGAACUAAGUUUGCUACUUACCAAACAUAAUACCUGACUCUCAUGACAAACAUUUUAUUUUGA